AUGGGCAAUCAGCCCUCACACGCCUUCAUCCCCCUGAAUUGCAUCUUGAAACACUGGGACAAAUUUGAUCCUCAGACAUUGAAGAAGCCGCAUCUAGUUUUCUUUUGUUCCGAGGUUUGGCCUCAAUACAAGUUGGAAGAUGGGGAAACUUGGCCUUCUGAGGGAAGUACUAACUAUAAUACUAUCAUGCAAUUAGAUCUAUUUUGUAGGCGGGAAGGCAAAUGUUCAGAAGUUCCCUAUGUGCAGGCUUUUUUCACCCUAAGGGACAAUCCAGAUCUCUGUAAGAAACGUAGAGUUGACCCGGAUCUUUUGGCCAUGAUCUCUUGCCUCCCUCCUCCUAGGGAGACUCUUUUUAAGGAGACUCUCCCUAAAGUGACCCCUCCUAAAGAGACCCCUCCUAAAGGGACUUCUCCAAAGGAACCCCGAGCAGGAUCCUCCUCUCCUGGGGAGGUCCCUUUAAUAAACACCCAGUCAAGGGAUCAUCCCAAACUCUAUACCCUACUCUUCCUCUGGAGCUGGUUCCUACCCCAGCUCCAUCUUGUUGCCCUAUAUCCGGGACCUCCUGUAGGAAGGCGCUCCCAAUUAAGAACAAAUCUCCUUCCCUUACAGGUGAUGCCAGGAGAAUUUGGGCCUGUCAGGGUUCAAGUCUCUUUCUCCCUACAGGAUCUCAGACAAAUAAAGCGGGGCCUAGGGAAGUUUUCAAAUGACCAUGAAUAUAUAGAAACCUUCCAGAACCUAAUCCAGGUCUUCGACCUUUCUUGGAAGGAUGUUAUGUUACUUUUAAAUCAGACUCUCACUAACUCUGAAAAGCAGGCAGCUUUCCAAGCAGCUGAAAAAUUUGGAGAUGAUCAGUUCCUAACAUAUCAUGAUGAGAACAGAACGAGACCCCACUCUGGAGCCUUUCCUACAGGAAAGCAAGCAGUACCCGCUACAGAUCCACAGUGGGAUCCUGAUACACCUAAGGGAAAUUGGCAGAGAGAACACUUUCUGGCAUGCAUUUUAGAGGGUCUGAGGAGAACAAGGACUAAGCCCAUCAAUUAUUCAAAACUAUGUACCAUUAGUGAGAAUUCAGAAGAAAAUCCCUCAGCCUUUUUAGAAAGACACAGGGAAGCCCUAAUCAAGUACAUUCCUAUUGGGUCAGAUUGCCUUGAAAUAGAAAUCCUUUUAGAGGACAAAUUUAUAACUCAGGCUGCCCCAAAUAUCCACAGGAAAUUACAUAAAUUGGCUAUUGGUCUUGAAGGCACCUUGGAUCAGUUAUUCAAGGUAGCCAACUCUGUCUUUUACAACCAGGACCAGGAGGAAGCCCAGGAUAAGGAGAGGAAAAUAAGAAACAUUGUGGAGGUAUCAGUGGCUACCUUACAGACCACAGCUCAACAGGGUACCUGA